ACGCUAUUACGAUGUUACCCUGACAGUUGCCCUUGCUUGCCUCACUUGCCCCAGCCCCGACGAUGGAUCCCCUAAUUCCCCCACUCUCCCGGGUCGCCGAACUGGGGACUCUGGUGGCCGGGAUAUCAAGGCCUCUCUCUGCCGACGGCGAAGAGGAAGUGAUUCCCUGGCGGGUCAGACAGUCUUUCUCACCAACACACACCCAGCCCAUUUCACCUCUUCCCCCCUCCCCAUGGCCAACCCGACAACGACAAUGCGUCUCGUCGCUGCGGCCGUUCUGUCGCUCGCCGCUCUGGCGGGCGCGGCAAGGCGGCCAAGCGCCAAUCUGAAGCGUCAGGUCUCACAACUCCGUGACAAGUAUGACUUUGUCAUCGUUGGUGGAGGCACUAGCGGCCUGACUGUUGCCGACCGCCUCACGGCCGCUUUCCCAGCCAAGACGCUUCUUGUCGUCGAAUACGGCGACAUUCAUUACGCCCCCGGGGUCUUUGACCCGCCGACGGACUGGAUCACGGCCAACCCCGAUUCCCCUCCCGCCUGGAGUUUUACGUCCCUCCCCUGCCCAGACAUGGGCAACCAAACGGCUUUCGUUCAAGCCGGCCAGGUGGUUGGCGGCAGCAGUGCCGUCAACGGCAUGUUCUUCGACCGCGGCUCUCGCUUCGACUACGACGCUUGGGCCGAGGUCGGCGGCCCAGAGUUUGCAAAUAGCAGCACCACCUGGAACUGGGAUACCCUGUUCCCGUACUUCAAGAAGAGCGUUACAUUCACACCGCCGAGCCCAGAUAUUGCCCAGCGGUACAACUACACCUGGAACUUGUCUGCUUACGGGGGCGAUACCCCAAUUUAUGCGUCUUUCUCUUCUUUCCAGUGGGCCGACCAGCCGGUCCUAGCAAAGACGUGGACUGAAAUGGGCCUGGAGCAUGCCCAAGAGUGCGCCGGUGGUGACAAGCAAGGAAUCUGCUGGGUUCCCGCCUCGCAGGACCCUGUCACGGCCAGGCGGUCAUACUCCCGGCUAGGCCACUAUACGGACGUGCAGCCCAGGGCCAACUACGACCUCCUCGUAAACCACCAAGCAGUCAGGGUGGUGUAUCCUAACGGACUUGCGUCUGGCCCGCCGCUCGUCGAGGUUCGGACGCUGGCCGACGGCAGUUUAUUCAACGUCACAGUCCGGGGCGAGGUAGUCCUGUCUGCCGGGGCGCUUCACACGCCCACGGUGCUUCAGAGGAGCGGGAUCGGGCCCUCGGCGUUCCUCACCAGCGCUGGAAUCCGUCCUCUCCUCGACCUGCCUGGCGUCGGCUCAAACUUGCAGGACCAUUCGGGCCCUCCGGUGACAUGGAACUACUCCAAACCCUACGACUUCUUCCCGCUGCCCUCCGAGAUGGCCAGCAACGCCACGUUCAAGGCCGACGCCACGGCCGCCUUCAACGCCACUCCGGCGCGCGGCCCGUACACCCUCGCGGGCGGCAACAGCGCCAUCUACGUCUCCCUCCCGCGCAUGGACCCCGACGGCUACACCACCAUCGUCUCCGACAUCCGCGCCAUGGUAGCCAACGGCUCCGCCGCGUCCUUCCUCCCCGCCGACCUGCGCGGCGACCGCGCCAUGGCCGCAGGCUACGACGCGCAGCUGCUGGCCAUCGCCAACCUCCUCGCCAACCCAGCCGCGCCGAGCCUGGAGACACCCUGGGCGACGACCGAGGUGCCCUACGCGACGGCCUGGUCCUUCCUGCUGCACCCGCUCAGCCGCGGCACGGUGCGGCUCAACCUGAGCGACCCGCUCGCGCAGCCCGUGCUCGACUACCGCGCCGGGUCCAACCCGGUGGACAUGGCGGUGCACCUGGCGCAGGUGCGCUUCCUGCGGGGGCUGCUGGGCACGCCGACGAUGCGCGCGCUCGGCGCCGUCGAGGUCGGUCCCGGCGCCGCCGUCGCGGCCAGCGACGCGCUGCUGGCCGACUACGUGCGCCAGCAGAUCACCCUGUCGUUCAUGCACCCGUGCUGCACGGCCGCGAUGCUGCCGCGGGACCGGGGCGGAGUGGUCGGGCCGGAUCUGAGGGUGCACGGGGCGGCCGGCCUGCGGAUCGUGGAUAUGAGCGUCAUGCCCAUGCUGCCGGGGACGCACCUCAGUGCGACGGCUUAUGCGGUGGCGGAGAAGGCGGCGGAUAUCAUCAUCCAGGCGUGGCGGCGACAGUGAAUGGGCCGGCUGCGUGUGCGACGCUCUAGGGGGUUGGGGCCGAGAAAGAGGGGAGCAUCAUGGAUGGCACGCACCUGUUCGGAUCACUUGUCGUACAGUAGUUGAUUGUCUGC